AUGACAGACGCAGGCGGAAGCUCUAGUUCAGGGGGAACCGUUCCGAUUAAAUUGCUAAAGAAUAAACGAGGACAGGUUAAGUCGCAGUGCACAAGAUAUACGUCAUAUCUAGAAGAAAUAGAUCUUCAAAAUACUUCACUAAUCGAGCUUCGUCAAAGACUUCACAAGUUCAACGAGACGUGGGAUGUCUUCAAUGGCAUACAAGCUUCGAUUGAAGAUAUAGAAUGUGAAGCAGACUAUUCGGCAAGUCACGAUGAGGAACGACGCUUGUUCGAGGAGAGGUAUUUCGCUAUUACGUCCAAGCUCGAGUCAUUGAUAGAAGCUAAGGUAGGCUCAACACAAGCCCUCAAUUUAAGUCACGUUCCGCGAUUCACAAGAGAAGGAACUCCGGCUACCCAAGGAAGUUCGGCUAACGAACAUUUAAAAUUACCUCGCAUUAAUUUGCCUACAUUUGCAGGAUCAUUCGAAGAUUGGAUCCCGUUUCGCAACAUGUUUCAAACUAUGAUUCAUCAGAAUGCCACGCUGCCGAAUGUUCAAAAAAUGCAGUAUCUCAUAGUCUCGCUAAAAGGAGAAGCACGCGAUAUGGUUGGCUCUCUCGAGGUGUCAGACGAAAAUUAUUCUGAGGCUUGGGAGAUGCUCAAGGAAAGAUAUGACGACACUGGAUUGAUUAUACAAAAACACAUCAAGGCUCUUUUCGAAGUUCCCGUAAUAGUGAAGGAGAAUCACGUACUGCUACGACGUGCUUUGGAUAACGUCUUAAAACAUUUGCGUGCGCUCAAAGCUUUAAGAAGGCCAACUGAGUAUUGGGAUGACCUUAUAGUCUACGUAAUAGCAAGUCGUCUAGAUCAAAAAACCAGUCGAGCUUGGGAAACAACGGUGAAGAGGGGAGAAGUUCCCACACUCAAGCAAUUAUCGGAUUUUUUGUCACAGCAUAGCAAGGCUUUAGAGGCUUCGGCGCGCCCUGUAAAAGUAAAUUCAAAUUCAAAUUCAGAGAGAGGUUCACAGCCCAGGAGCACAGCAGUAAAUGUAGCUACCACGAGCAGUAAGUGUGCGUAUUGCAGUAAAGAAGAGCAUAUUAUAUACAAAUGCAAGGAUUUCUUAGACUUGGAGAUUGAAAAGAGAAUCCAGGAGGCUAGGUCGCGCAAAUUGUGUCUAAACUGCCUGAGAUCUACCUUGCAUCAAGCCAGGCAAUGUUCUAUAGGCCCAUGUCGAAAGUGCAACAAACGGCAUAACACGUUACUUCAUUUGGAAUCGACUGUAACAAAGAAGCCUGAAUCUAAGUCCGAAGAUGCGAGCAGCGCUGAGGAUGGCAAGGUUGUAGCAACCAGCAUCAAUCACGUGUCAUUUAAACAAGGCAAACAAGUUCUUCUCGCAACAGCUACAGUCAAGGUAAACGACAGCAAAGGCAAUCAAAUAAUAGGUAGGGCACUAUUGGACAGCGGUCUCAAUCCUGCUUUAUUACUAGCGAAUUCGCUAAAAGGCUCACUCUUAAACAGAUUCCUAUAA